UUGGUUCCUGGCGGCCGCCGUCCAGGCCGGGCGCAGCAGGAAGCGCGGGGAAGUGCCGCCGCCGCCGCGAUGGAGUUCUCCGAGGAGACGCUGAGGACGCAGCUGGUUAAGUAUAAAUUCCGGGACCUGACCAUAGAAGAACUGAAGAAUGUUGUUAAGAUCUACCCAAACUUCAGAUUCUCCAUGGAUACAUACACUUUCAAAGACGGAUCCCUUAAAGACCUCUUGAAUUUUAGUGGCACUAUUCCAGUGAAAUAUCAGGGUAAUUCCUAUAACAUACCAAUUUGUUUGUGGAUUUUGGAUUCUCAUCCUUUUGCUCCUCCCAUUUGCUUGCUGAAACCAACUAUAAACAUGGAAAUCUCUGUGGGAAAACAUGUAGAUGCACAUGGCAGGAUAUACUUGCCCUAUCUACAAAACUGGAGCCAUCCAAAGUCAAUUAUCAUUGGAUUAAUCAAAGAAAUGAUUGAAAAGUUUGAGGAAGAGCUACCUCUGUAUUCAGUAUCAUCUUCUGAUGAAGCCAAGCAGUUAGAACUGCUAUCCUAUAUUGCAAAGAUAACUACAGGUGAAACUGACAUUAAUUCAAAGACUAUGGUGGGUGGACAGAAAAAAGAUGGAGGCUUUAACAAAGUUACUGUGAUUGGAGCAGGAGAUCUUGGCAUUGCUUGUGUACUAGCAAUUGCAGCAAAGGGUGCUGCAGACCAGGUAGUUCUCUUGGACCUCUCAGAAGGUGCAGCAAAAGGAGGAACAAUGGACCUGGAUAUCUUUUCUCUGCCAAAUGUAGAGAUCAGCAAAGAUUUUUCUGCUUCUGCUGAUUCAAAAGUAGUAGUGCUCACCGUUAAUUCUCUGGGUAAUGCUCAGUCGUAUCUUGGUGUCAUACAGAGCAACGUGGAUCUAUUCAGAGGAAUUGUCCCAGCAGUAGCACAUUAUAGUCAAAAUAGCGUGCUGCUUGUUGCAUCUCAUCCAGUGGAAAUAAUGACAUAUGUCUCAUGGAAGCUGAGUGCAUUUCCUAAAAGCAGAGUUAUCGGAAUUGGUUGUAAUCUAGACACUGAGAGAUUCCAAUAUAUUAUCACAAACUUGUUGAAAGCACAGACCAUAGGAAAAGAGGCUUGGAUUAUCGGCGAACGAGGGGAAGACAAAGUGCCUGCAUGGAGUGGUUCUAACUUAGUAACAUGUCAUCAAACUGAAGGAGUAGUGAAUGAUAACUCUCAGGAACAGUUGGCGAACAGAGCCAUGGAAGUUCUUAAGGGAAAAGGUCAAAAGUCCUGGUCUGUUGGGCUGUCAAUAGCUGAUCUGAUUGAAAGUAUACUGAAAAAUAAAAGAAAGGUUCAUUCCAUAUCAACUCUGGCAAAGGGGUGUUGCAAUAUAAACAGUGAAGUAUUUUUAAGUAUGCCAUGUAUUCUUGGAACCAAUGGAGUGACAGAAAUUAUCAAACCACUGAAGGAGGAUAAGGUGGUGGCAAAAAAACUGCAAAGCAGUGCAGCAUCAAUUCAUGACCUUCAACAGCAAUUGAAACUUUAAACACAAUGGACUCAUCCAAUAUCUGCUCAUGAAAAUGCUGGGUUUGCUAAGGAAAAAUGUUUCCCUGGUAGAUACAGGUUUCUGCAAACAGAAGAAUUAUCAUUUCCUUUCACAACUGCGUCACUCCUUCAAAGCAUUAGUUAAACUAUGAAACAAAGAGAACAUAGCAAAAUGGAAAGCUUUUUUUUUAUGCUGUAGCUUUUGUAGUCAAAACGAAGAGGAUAAUGUACAACUAUGUUUUGUCGAAAUUUAAGUAACUUUUCCUGCAGUCUUUGUUACUAAGCUAUGCACCAUGUAGGCCUGAUUUUCACAUUCACUAUGUUUCUGUUGUGCCCUCUGCUGGGACAAAUAGGUUAUAAAGCUGACUUAACAAUCUAUUUGGAAGUGUCUCUAGUGUAGGGAGAAUCCUUGCGUGGUGUAGAGCCACUACAGAAGCAGUAUGUCAUCUCCCUUGUAACCUUCAGUGUAGGGGGCAUGACUAGAACAUCAUUGCACUCCAGCUAUUCAGUGCAGUAAAGCAUUGACUAAAAUGAUCCUCAUGCUUAGCAGACACGAUAAAGGUAGAGCACUUUAUUGUUUUCAUGUAAUUGAACUUGACACUAGAACACUGCUAGGAAAAAUGGAAAAUAUUUUUUUAAUGAUACACCUUUGAGCUUGAGCUUUUGGGCAUUGUGUAUGAAUGCUGUUGUAUGUUCAUUUAACUGUCUGAGCUUUUUUCCCUAGAAUUUUUCUCUAUUCUAAUUGUUUUGUAUGUUUUACAGACACUUUAGGUGCUUUUAUGCUAUAUUUUAGAAAUAACUUUUUUGUUUUAAACACUAGAGGUAUUCCAACAAGUACAGCAUUGGUACAGAUACUGUACACAGUAGUAAGGUGUUUGUGUGCGGGGAAGUGGGAAUAAAGGACAAUCUGACAGCUGAGUAAUAUAGAAGUAAAUAAGGCUUGGGGGCAUAAUUAAUUCAUGGAAAUAUAUGAUUCAAAGCCCAUUGAUGUCAGUGGGCUUUAGAUCAGGUUCAUAAGGAAUAAAGUGAGGAAAGGCAACUGAAUCUGAGUAGGGAGACACCCCUGGCUGACGAGGGUGAGGGGUAUACAGAAAAAGCAGGAUACUAGUGUUUAAAAUAAACCAAAAAAGAAUGCAUGUUGAUAAAAGUAGUUUUAUCGACUUCGUAAAUAAUCGUUGCUUGUUCAUUAUGUUACACUCCUAAAAGAAAAGUAGUAUAUUCAUCUUGUGUGUAGACUUUAGUAGUAAAUUGAAUACUACAGAUACCAAAUACAGUAAAGGAGAAAAUGUGGACCUAACUCUUAAAAGUGCUGGUAUGUAUUUCUUAAAAUACCAUUGAAGCUUUAUGUUGGUAAGGAUACAAUGUAUGAAUGAAUUAGAUUGAUGAUACACUUCUUGUGCCUUACACUUAUACCUCAGAAAGGGCCCAGUCUUGAAGAGGCUUAGUACCCUCCACAACCUUUUGGGCCUGAUAUGUAUCAUUUACAAGUCCAGUUUCCAUUCUGAUCGAUGGGAGCAAGAUUUAGCUCAUUGACCUCAAUGGGAGUUGUGAUAUGCUGAGUGAUCUCAGGAUUGAGAACAAAAAUAGGAAAACAACAUUUUCUUUAAUGGGAUCGCCAUUCAUAUUGCCUGAGAAUUUUUUAAUGUUUUAAUCAGUGAUGUUUUGUACAUAGUGAUUAUUAUGAUGGAACAAUUGAGCUGGUGGUUUAAACAUAAUUGAGCUCUAGUCUCUAGCUGGACUGGUUUUCUUUUUAACUUAUUAAAAUCAUCCAU